AUGCGACGCCGUCGCCACGAUCGACCGUACCGCUCUCGGCCGGUCUCCCCCGAGGAACUCGACUACAAUAAUUCCCUUCGAGCCUCCGAAUCUCUUCCUUCGUUCCGCCCAAAUCUUUACUCUGAUUCAGACUUUGAGAGUUGCCCAGCUGAACGAAUUCUACGAGAAAAAUACCUAGAAGAACAGAUUUUGAAAAGAAAUCGAAAACCUCGAAAAAGAUGGGACCUUGAUCCACCGAGAAAACAUUGGGAAUACGAUAAAGAUGUUGAGUCUGAAGAUUUUGAUGAUUUGAAUCACGAGAGAAGGAUACGAUGGCAAGAUACGGAAGAGAAAUUUGAUAUUGAUGAUUAUUUGAUAUUGCCGUCGGAUGAUGAACAAUUGCGAUAUCGACCGAGAUUUGUGGAGAGUUUCGAUCGAGACGAGUUGCCGAUUAGUGUUUAUCAAAAUCAGACAAUAAUGAGGGGGUUAGGGGACAGUGCUGAUACGAUUUCACCGAGGAACAACGAGGAGGGGACAUCAAAACAAGCAAUGAUACAGCAAAGUCAGAACACAGCUCCCGAUCCAGCAAUUCGUCAAUUCUGGUCUGAAUCGAUCGAUGUGCACGAAAUGAACGCGAUUGAGCAGAGUGACAUGUUGCAUUUGAGGACAAUGCUCGGAAUUGAUCGAAUCAAACUCGAGACUCUAUCACGUUUCAACGUGAGAGCACACAGUGACAGCUAUGACCAGAUGGCAAUUAUGUAUCCAAGAUACAGAGGCCCGAGCUCGCGAAUGAGACCACCCCAAGGUCUAAAACUGAUCCGACGAAUCGGUGACAAGCUGGAAAAGGAGAACUAUCCGGAUGAACUUGAGGGCAAAAGAUUCUCGGGAAUCUUUGGAUAUCAUAUGAUGACGGGAUCUGAUCGAAAAGUGAUUCUCACGACAAACGAAAGAGAUGCGCUAGCUGUUUACGAGGCGACUGGUGGCAUGUUGACUUUUGCAUUACCACAAGGGGAACACUUGGAUAUGGAUGUAAUCCCUUUCCUCGAGGAGUUUGACGUGAUCUAUUUGUGGUUUCCCCAGCGACACACCGAGUUUGCAAAGGAUUUUGCGCAUGUCUUGAAUCCAACGAGAUGUCUAUUAAUCAAGUGUCCAGAUCGACCAAUCGAGCUGUUGAGAAACGAUCAAAAGAAAGAGAUCAAUCAUAUUAUUCGAGAACAGGCAUCAAGGAUGAGAGAGACUGGCUUCAGAUCAAUGCUUGAUAUUCGUGAUGAGGUUAGAAAUGAGUUGUUGAAUAGCAAGACGAGGACGGCCGGGUUGUGUCAGUGGAAACGUUUUGAUGCUUUGAAUCGAUAUUUGAUCGGUUUUCGUCCGGCUGAGUUAACUGUUUUAACUGGUGGGACGGGAUAUGGGAAGACGACGUUUCUCUGCGAGUACGCGUUGGAUCUUCUGACACAAGGGAUUCGUACCCUUUUCUGCAGUUUCGAAAUGCCCGAGGAGAAGAUCCUCAAAUGGAUGCUUGUUCAAUACGCUGGUCCUUCCCAUCUUCGGAGUUUGGCCCGCUCGAGGACUUACAGUAGUGGGAUCAAAAUCCCUCUUCACCGUGUCGAACAUCAUCCAUCAGUGGAGGCUUGGCUUGAUCGUUUCGAGAGGACGAAAGGAGCGAUGACAAUUAUGAAAUCAGAAGAGUUCAGGGACAAAACGAUUAACCAGAUUGCGGGGGCGAUCAAGAACGAAAUCGCGAACAGCGGGGUUCAACACGUUGUCAUUGACAAUCUCCAGUUUUUGGUCGGUUUAGCAACGCUGCACGAUGAGAAAACGACGAGUCACGAUAGAGCAUCGAUGCAGGAUCGUUUCGUCGGCUUGAUCCGUCGAAUUGCUACCGAUUAUGGAGUACACGUGACGAUGGUCGUUCACCCGCGAAAAAAUGAAAGUGAAACCUCUGAAAUGGAGGCGCCAAUGCUGGGUGGAUCAUCUCGUGUACUCCAAGAAGCCGAUAAUGUGUUGGUGAUUGUGAGGAGAAGAGAUGAAGGGAAGAAAGCGUCAAAUUAUCGCAAAUUUCUGCGGAUCGUGAAGAAUCGUUACGGUGGCCGGAAAGCUGAGGGUGAUACGCUGGAGAUGCUCUUUCAACCAGCCACUUAUUCACACACGUUGAUCGAUUUGAGUUUACGA